CGAAACCCUCAAAAAUCUUUCGAGAAUCAAAACUUUUUGGAAGUUCUUUAUUGACUCAAAAAAAGAAUUUAAAAGAAGGGAAGAAAUAAAUGUGUCCUCUGUCGUUGUUCUAAAAUUAACUAUAAAUUAACCAACACACACUGCCUUCUUUCAUUCUUAGUUCAUAGUCUCCUUCAGUCAUCGUUGGUUCUUUGCUCUUUCAUCUUCUUUUCGGCUUUGUUUGCGUGUGUUGAGAAAAUGGCUGAGCGUUGCAGACAAAUACUCAAGAGUUUCGUACAGUCCAUGUACGACGAGGGAAUAUUGGACCUCCAAUUUGCUCAGCUUCAAGCAUUGCAGGAUGCAAGCAAUCCUUCCUUUGUAACUGAUGUGAUCAAGUUGUUCAUCCAGGAUGCUGGAAAGAUCAUCAUGGAACUGAACGGAAUUCUGAGUGAACGUGUGGUUAAUUUCCCAGGGAUGGACUCAUAUGUUCACCAGCUCAAAGGGAGCAGCUCAAGUAUUGGGGCUCAGCUCAUCAAGAACGCCUGCAAUGAUUUUCGCCAGGCUUGUGAUGCAAAUUCUAGGGAGGGGUGUAUCCGGGCUCUGAACAAGAUCAAUAAUGAAUACCAGCGUGUGCGAGCUAAAUUCCACAAAAUUAUUCAGCUGGAGGAAACGAUCCUUUCCUAUAGUGUUCGUGGGCAAUAGAGACUCAAAUGGUGUUCCUUUGCACCAUCCUCAUGUUUAUCAAUGAAGUACUAGAGUCUCUGGUCAAUGGUUGUUUCUGUAAGGUUAUAUGCUUAGUAUGAUGUAAGUAAUUAGUUUCCAACUGAUGUAGUAAUGGUCUCUAAAGGAAUUAGAUGGCAUAUGUAAAUUUGGGCAAAGGAAGAUGGUUUCUGUUAGCCUUGUUAUUAUUUAUAGAGGAAAAAACUGUUCUUAUUUAUAGUGGAUGAAAAAAGAAUAUUAAUAUUAGCAAUGGAAUUCUCUUAAAUCUAUUGAACAUGA